AUGUCGUUGCUACAAUCCUUUCGCAAUCUGUCACCCAAGAUGCGCAUAGGCGUUGGCUUGGGCUUACUAGCAUGGGGCACUAUCGGAUUGCAACUUUCGGACCGUGCCGAGGAGAAGUUUGGCUUCAAGCCCACCGAGGAGGACAAGGCAGCCCUCGAUAAGAUGUUGCCUCACAUCACUCCCAUUGAUAAGAAUGGAGAUGCUAAGCGGUGA